AUGUUCGCGAGAUCUGUGUGGAGAUGCGCUGGCCCGGCUCGUCAGAGCAUCCGGUCCUAUGCGACUGAAGCUCCGAAAAGCGGCUCAUCCUCUACGCCAUACAUUGUGGGUGCUGCCGCUGUUGUUGCUGGCUAUGGCGGCUACUCAUUUCUCGGCAAUAAGUCCGCUGCCAGUGCAGAUGCUCCCUCAACAAAGAAGGAAGCAGAGAAGCUCGACAAGCGCGCCUUCACCGGCGGCGACCAGGGCUUCAUUGAUCUGAAGCUCAAGGAGGCCAAGGACUACAACCAUAACACUAAGCGCUUUGUCUUUGAGCUCCCCGAAGCCGAUCAGCUAUCGGGCAUGAACGUUGCUUCCGCCAUCAUCACGAAGUUCAAAGCUGCGGAUCAAGAAAAGCCCACCAUCAGGCCAUACACUCCCAUCAGUGACCCUGACGAGAAGGGCAGCAUCGAGCUGCUGGUCAAGAAAUACCCCAAUGGCCCUAUGUCGGAGCACAUCCACGACAUGAAGCCCGGCGAUACUCUUUCUAUGAAAGGUCCCAUCCCCAAGUAUCCGUGGGAAGCCAACAAGCACGAACACAUUACCUGUGUCGCCGGCGGGACUGGCAUCACUCCCAUGUACCAGCUCAUCCACACUAUCUUCAAGAACCCCAACGACAAGACCAAGGUUUCUCUGAUAUUCGGCAACGUGACCGAGGACGACAUCCUGCUCAAGGAAGAGUUCCAAAAGCUCGAACGCGAUUUCCCGCAGCGCUUCAAGGCCUUCUACACCGUCGACAAGCCCCCGAAAGACUGGCCCUACGGUAAAGGCGUCAUCACCAAGGAACUGCUCAAGGAGGUCAUCCCGGAUUCCAAGUCCAACAACAUCAAGGUGUUUGUGUGUGGUCCUCCCGGCCUGUACAAAGCCAUCAGCGGCGCCAAAGUCAGCCCCACCGACCAGGGCGAGCUUGACGGAAUCCUCAAGGAGCUUGGCUACAGCAAAGAUCAGGUGUACAAGUUUUAG